AUGCAGGCUGGUGUCGCAGGAGCUUGGGUCCAUCGACGGCGCAAAAAGCCGUGGAUGCCAUGGCAGGAUGGCUGGGUUGCCAACAACAAGCGGCCCCGCUGCCCGCUGGCGUCCGCUCCGUCUCCACCGGCACAGCGCUCUUCUAGCUUGUCGCGAUGGGCGACGCACGAUGGCUGGAGAAUGCCGACUGAGGGCUGGUCUACGGCAGUGCUGAAGAGGUGUGGAGAGCGAUCGCCCAUCAUGUGGAAAGGGUGGGUCACCGGUGAGGCUGCAAGGCCCAGCGUGCUGCAAUGCAAUGCAGCAGCUGCAAGCGAGGAAUCCGGUCAUGGAAAGUCGGUGAAACUCCACACCCAUCUACUGCCGCGCGUGUCCAGUCACUCGUCGCAUUCGCGAACGGAUGGGUCCGGAGGGAGAGAUCGCCGCGUUGCGACUUUGGACACGUUGAAGAAGAGCCGGGGACGUCCUGGAUCGGACACUUGCGGAAAGGAAAAGUGCUAUUGA